UUGCACGCGGAGCGCACGUCCUUUACUUUUUUACGUGAACUUGUCAGACGAUCGUAAUUAACAUAAGCUAAGAAUAAUUAAAAGCUUUAAGUUGUGUUACGUGACCUAAUCUGGAUUUAGACUUUUAUGUGCCCUGUGGAUGUUAUUGAUGUUGGUGACUUUAACUAAUUAAAAACCAUCGACUUGUAAAUGGACUUUUAAUAGAAUUUGCUGUACAAUUGGAAGUUUGAUAAGAUUAACAAUACCGUUAUAAGAGAAGAUCUUAUGAUUACAUCGAAGUACAGAUUAUAAUAUCAACCAUCUGUCUAGAAUUAGGUACAUCGUGGUAUAUACAUGAAAUGUUAUGGGCUCUCGCGGAAUAGCACACUGGAGCUGGGUGGUAGUAGCCGCAUGGGCUUGGAGCGCUGCCGCUCGCACCCUGUGUCCGCCAAGAUGCUCCUGCGACGACGCUUUGCGUGCAGCCUCGUGUGCCAACGCAGGCUUAGAAAUUGUGCCAAUACAACUAAACCCGGAAGCGACCUACAUCAAUCUAACCCACAACUCUAUAGACAACUUGCUAUACUCAUUCGCCUUCUAUACUCAAAUUACCAUACUCGAUAUCUCAUACAACAAAGUACAGGACUUAGGUAGUAAGAAUUUCGAUAGUAAUAUAGAGAUGACGAAUCUUAACGUAAGCCAUAAUGGACUAAGAAAAUUAGAUAAGGAUACAUUUGUUGGACUGAAACGACUUAUGGAUUUGGAUUUAUCAAAUAAUGAAUUAUCUAUUAUACACGCACAAACCUUCCAAGAUCUUGCAGUGUUAGAAAGGCUCGAUUUAUCUAACAACAAAUUAGUUAAUUUUGAAAUUGAUACAUUCGUACCACUGUCAUCACUUAAAGUUUUAUCUCUGAGGAAUAAUUCUAUUUUAGAGAUACCUUCUACAAAUCUUUUAACUGUUAUAUAUUUGGAAUUUCUGGAUUUAUCAGAAAACCUUAUCCAACAGAUACCUAAACAUGGUAUUCCAUACUUGAAAGAACUGAGGCAUUUGGAUUUGAAUAAUAAUAUAAUUGAAGCUGUAGAUCAUUUAGGAUUCCACAACCUACCAUCUCUCAGGCACUUGGAUCUUAGUGACAAUAAUAUGACAUCAGUACCCACAUCUGCUCUUUCAAAGCUAACAAAUUUAACUCAUUUAUACUUGAGUGGAAAUUUUAUCCAAAAGAUUCCCUCUUUAUCGUUCCAAAGUCUGUUUCAUUUAAAACAUUUACACUUAAGCAGACUUUUUGAAUUAGACAAAAUAGAUUCUAGAGCAUUUGUGGAUAAUAUAAAUCUCCAAAAGAUAUGGAUGAAUGAAAAUUUGAGAGUCCACGAAGUUCCUCCGAGAUUGUUUCACGGGAAUCCUAAGCUAACACACAUUUACAUGAGAAACAAUGCCCUGGAAACGCUCGAUGCAUCGCAUUUCCCGAUCGAUACGUUGCAAGAACUUGAAAUUUCUGGGAAUCCAUUUGUAUGUAAUUGUUCUUUACUUUGGUUGUGGAAACUUGUUGGAGAAUGUGAAUCGCGUAACAAGAAGUUUGAUAACACAAGUACAGUAUUAAAAAUUGAUUAUGAAGAUGUAAAGUGCGCUGCACCGGAACAUUUAAAGAGUAUUCGUUUUAUUCAAAUACCGGAAUCUGAAUACGGUUGCUCAAGUGGUUGGGUUGUUGUCGCUAUAGUGGUAAUGACAAUUAGUAUAAUAAUAAGUAUUGUCGGUGGAGUAUUGUUCUUUUUUGGUCCACUAAAGAAGUGUAAAGGAGAUAAGUCUAAACAAGUAAUGACAAGUGUUAUAUUGAAUGGUGAUGUAUCCAAACUAGGCAAUAGCUUAGUGUAUACGACUCGAGGCAGAGAAAAUGAUAAUAAAAGGGAAGUAGACAGGUAUCUAAUGAUUGGUUCAUCUGUUACUAAUAACUUUCACACACUUAACCCUCCUUGGCAAAGUAUGGAUAAGAGCCCAUAUUACCAAGAAGACAAUGAAGAACACAUCUACCAACAAUUUGCAUACGAAACAAUACCUCCUCACCGGACUCCAGAGAAACCACAUAUAGUGUAUGUGUAACAUAAGGCUUUUGUUGUGUUCAAAAACCAUGUUAAAAAAGUAACAGGUUUGCUCAAACACUUCAAAAAGGACAAAUAAGACGUACAUAGCGACGCUGAAACUUGCAAUAAUGUAUAUAGUGAUAUAAAUUAUUUAAGAUGUGAUAGCAUUGUAAAUAUAAAAGUGUACAUAUAAAUUAGAUAUUAUUAAGUGUUUUGAUGCAGUACUUAAAACAAUUUCGAUCGAAACAUUAUGUGAAUAGAUUUAGCUUCGUCUUUUGUAAAUAUUUAACGCCAGAAAAGUUAGUAAGACUAUGUAAUUGUUUUUAUAAUUCGAUUUAUAUUGUUAGAAUAUUGGUGGUUUUAUCUGUUUUACAAGACAUUUAUACUUCGUUUCUUUUAUACGUAGUUCCUCAGAUAUGAGUAAGUCUUUCCCUAAUGUAUAGACAGUAAUGUUAUUAAAAAUAUAUUUUAAUAGUAAAUUAAAUUAAUAUUAACAAUAAGAGUACCAAUACUUGAUGAAAAUCUUUGUACAAAUAUAAGCAAUAUGGAAACAUAAUUAAAUAUUGAAACAUUUAUUAUUGAAAAUACUAUAAUGAAAUAUAUGAAUACUUGUAACCGCGUUAGAUAACAAAUGGGAUAAUUGAUGCUUACGAUUGUAACAAGAUUAUAAUCACAGUUAAUAAUAUUUUGGUUAAACUGAAUCCGGAAAUUGAUUUUGGCUCUUCCAUAUUCCUCAGCUGAUCACCUCUAAAAGCUUAGUAUAACUUAGGAUAAAGGAAAAAAUUGCUACAAUUUUACUUCCAUUCAAUUGUCAGAUGUCAGUGUUAGAUAUUUCCUAAAGAAAUCGGAUCCACUCUAGCAAUAAUUGGAUGCACUCAAUGUUAUUGUUUACACAAAAUAUUAUUAAUUAAAAUAUACCCAGUAGCUCUGAUGAUAUGGGGUACAAAUUGAAUUGACUGGGCUAUUUUUAUAAAUUAAUUUCUUUUAUCGUGCUAAUUUUGUUGAAUAUAAAAACACUUGAAAAUAUAAAUAUUUUUGUAUUAAAAUAAAGUAUUUAAAACAUCUACUAUUAUGUUGCUCGAAAUUAUGUGUUUUGGAAAGAUUUGUUGACCGUUACUGCCCAUUCAACUUUCUACUUUAUAUUAUUAUAUAUAAAUCCCAUUUUACCUUUGUAUACCCAUUUCUCAUUAUUGUAAAAUCAUGCUAUAGGAUCAAUCAUAAUUAUUAUAGAUUAAGAAUAUUUAUACUACCUACUACUACCUUAAAAUUUGUUAUGAAACCUAUUUAAAUAUUUAAAGCAUUGAAAUCAAACGACAAAUUAAACCAUCCAAAAAAUUA